AUGGCGAAUUUCACGCACCUACCCACCGAACUGGUUCUCGAGAUCGCCAACUGUCUUGACAAGUGUGGUGACUGGGCAAGGCUGGCAGCUGUCUGCCGUAGCUUCAACGUUUUUUUCGGAGGGCUACUAUGGGAUCAACUAAGAGGAGAAGACCUGCAACGACUUCUUUGCUGGGCCGUUACGUCCGGGAAUAUCUCUGUGGCUCAGAGAGUCCUCUCGAUGCAAGUACAUCCGAAUUUCACGAUCCACAGCUGGUCCAAUUUGUAUCGCAACGAAUUGCUAUUUCCAAGCCAGCCCGACAGCAGCCUCGAAGAUCGGUUUGCACGGGCCCACCUGGAUGUAUGGCGCUGCGGCUUAAGCGGACUUUCAUUCGCCCCCUACGGCCUUUUUACGUGGACUCCGUUACACCUUGCUUCUAUGAAUGGAUCGCACGACCUUGUUGAUCUUCUUAUAAGGCAUGGUGCCCAAAUUGACGCUAUUUGCAAUGCAUACUGCGACUGUCAUCCGGACGAUGGAGCAUGGAGUAUCAGCUGGGCGGCAAACAAUUGCUUGACCUCGCCAUUACAGACAGCACUACACCUAGGCAGAGAGUCUACAGCAAACUUGCUUCUACUCCGAGGCGCUUCGCUCAAUCCGUCCGCGGAUGGAGGGAUCACGGGGAAGCCACCUUUGCAUCUUGCGGCCCAAUAUGGGCUACUCAGUGUUUUGAAGACCAUCCUUAAUCAAUUCCCUGGAUUCGAUGUCAACCAGCAAGACAGAUUGGGUCACACGGCAUUGGUGUACGCUUUCUUCGGCAGAAAAUGGGCUUGCUUCUGGUUUCUUCUCAAGAAAGGUGCUGAUAUUAAAGUUCGAGUUCAGUCGCACGAGGAUUACAAGGAGAUGACUGGGAAGGACCGGAUGUCCCUUCUUGAAAGCGCUUGCGUGCUUGGUUGGUAUGAUAUUGCUGUACAACUCAUUGAAACAGGAGUCGACGUUCCCAAGACAAGCCCGUUUUUGCACGCUUGUAUGGCUCGAUACACAUUCGCUCCAUACCCAUAUGCAUUCAGAUUCGUUUCGAGCCCGGAGUAUGACAGUUCGCUAAGCAUUCUGAUCGAGACACUAGUUCUGAACGGCGCAGACUUGAAUCAACCUUUGUCAAGAAUUGGCACGCCUCUAUAUAUGUCUGUGCAGAUUGGAGCCCUGGAAGUCACUGAGGCAUUGCUGAAGGCCGGAGCAGACAUUGACGCCAAGACGGGCACAGGCAAAACACUUCUUGACGCAGUAUGCCACGCAAAACCCUGCUUCGCCAUGUUCAAGCUUCUACUAAGCAGAGGUGCACUGAAGACGUCUGAUUUCCUGAAAAUUUCGUCCUUAAUCAAGAUUUGUAAGCACCUAUUCCAGGCCCUUUGUCAGAAGACGUCAAAGGUCUGA